GACGCUCGCACGUUUCUCUCACUCCGCUUUACCCUUAACUUUGACUGUGGGCGUUUUUUCCCGUCUGAACCCGUAUCUAUCCGCGGUCUUCUGAUGCCAGCAAUCCCCUCUUUCCAGCUCCGUUAAUGGCAUGUUACGAUAACAUACGGCUAUUUUAUAGCGAAGCAGAAACGGGGGCUAGUGGGGGCGAAGUGAGCGAACCUAACGCUAGCUAGCUAACUAGCUAGGGAGCUAGUGGCUAGCUAACGCUAGCGGCGCUGCCAGAGCCCGGAGUGAGUGUGCGGCGUUCCCGGGCGUUAACUGGCUCAGCUGUGGGGGGGCAACAGCCACCUUUCCGUUUGAUGGAUCCUCGAAUCGCCUGGUUUCAGCCAGAACAGCGCGGACCCGCCAACAGCUUGUGGAUGCAGAUUUGGGAGACCACGCAGGGCCUCGGGAACUUGUACUUCAGCAGCGGCAGCAACCACCACCACCACCACCACCAGCAGCAGCAGCAGCAGCACCACGGCGCGGGUCCGGCCACAGCAAGCACGAGAGUGAACGGCGAAAGCGGGGCGGCGGACUGCAGGAGCAGCGAGGGGAAGGCGCAGGGAAUGUCGGGCUCCAGGGCGGACUGCGACGUUGUGGAUCAGCGGGACUUUAUACCUCUGGAGGCGGCGAACAACAACCAGAACCGCGGGCGAUUCGCACCGGCGGGUAGGGGCGGCGGCGGUUCUUCAGCUGGGCUCGCUGCGGCGGCUCAGCGCAACAAGAGGAAACGGGAGAAUAAGGCGAGCACUUUCGGCUUCAACCGGAGCCUGAUCCUCCAUGGCUGUGGGCCGGAGCAGGAGGAGGAGGAGGCGGCAGCAGCGGCGUACACGGGCACGCCGUGGAAGAAGAGAAACUACUCGGAGGGCAUCGUGGGGCUCCAUGAGGAGAUUAAAGACUUCUAUGAGUAUAUGUCUCCCCGGCCAGAGGAAGAGCGGAUGAGGUUUGAGGUCGUGGACAGGAUCGAGAGAGUCAUUAAGGACCUGUGGCCCACUGCAGACGUGCAAGUGUUUGGCAGUUUCAGCACGGGCCUGUAUUUGCCUACAAGUGAUAUAGACCUGGUGGUCUUCGGGAACUGGGAAACACUUCCGUUGUGGACGCUGGAGGAAGCACUACGCAAAAGGAACGUCGCAGAUGAGAACUCUGUCAAAGUACUCGACAAAGCAACGGUUCCCAUAAUCAAACUGACUGACUCGCACACUGAGGUCAAAGUGGACAUCAGCUUUAACGUUUGCAGUGGGGUGAAGGCUGCCAAUCUCAUCAAAGAUUUUAAAAAGAAAUUCCCUGUGUUGCCAUAUUUGGUGCUGGUGCUAAAACAGUUCCUGCUGCAGAGAGAGUUGAACGAGGUCUUCACUGGAGGAAUUGGAUCCUACAGCCUGUUUCUCAUGGCUGUUAGUUUCCUACAGCUGCACUACAGAGAGGACGCGUGUAGUCCGAAUUCUAAUAUGGGCGUCCUGCUGAUCGAGUUCUUCGAACUGUAUGGCCGGCACUUUAACUACCUGAAGACAGGCAUCCGAAUCAAAGAUGGCGGCUCAUAUGUGGCCAAGGAGGAAGUGCUGAAAGGAAUGCUGGACGGAUACAGGCCGUCCAUGCUGUAUAUCGAGGAUCCACUGCAGCCAGGUAAUGACGUUGGUAGGAGUUCGUACGGGGCUAUGCAGGUUAAACAAGCAUUCGAUUAUGCAUACGUUGUUCUGAGCCACGCUGUCUCUUCUAUUGCCAAGUACUACCCCAACAACAAGUCUGAGAGCAUUCUGGGUCGAAUAAUCCGUGUCACUCGAGAAGUAGCUGAGUACCGCGACUGGAUCAGCGAACAGUGGGGUGGGCAGUCUCAAAGUGAGCCCCCCAUCAACUGUAAUGGAAAUGACGUCACUCUCCUUGUGGAACCUCAGAAGCUGGAUGAGUGUAAUAACAACCUAUCUGAUGAGGUCGUAGUCGUUCCUGCUGCUUCCCGGAGCAAAGCGUCCUCCAACUCUUCCUCCCCACCUCCCUCCUCACCCUCAUCGCAGUCUUCAUCCUCAUCGCCCUCUCCUUCCUCUACAGCAUCCAGUGAUGCGGAUUCUGAUGGAACACCCUGUAAGACAGUCAAACAGCUGGCUGUGCGGGGCUCAGCUGCUCACAGAGAAAACCCGGAGAGGAAUCUGACCAAUCACAGAGCACAGAAUCACUCCAUGACUACACCCACCACCAGCCACAAAGGCAGCAAGCAGAGCCGACAGAUCCGGUCAAGCAAAAACUCUCAAGGCCAGCCGAGCAUCUCCAGCAACAAGAGCCUCCAAAGCAGCAAGGCCCAUCACCAUGGCAACAGCAAGAGGAGGAAACCUCAGCGGGAGGCGGUCCACGAGGAUCUGUGCAGAUAGGGAGCCCUGUUCUCAGAGACUCACACCUGCUUUUACUCCUCUGACCACAAAGGGGCACCGGCAGUGUUAUUACUCUUCAACCCCCUGUUUGAGGAAUGUGCAAAAUCUUCUUUUUAAAGCAGUUAAAAAAAAAAAAAAAGGAACAAAACAAGACAAAAAAACAAAGAAAAUUUACAAAAGGGGAGGAGUCCCAGAGGCUGAGAUCAUUCAUGCAGGAGAGGGUUCAUUUCUUUCCCCACUGGCUUCUGUACUGCUUCUGCUACCGGUGGAGCUGUGCCUGUUCUUUACACUGCAGGGCUCCUCCUAGUGGGUUUGGAGGACCAUAGAGAGACUGUAGGAAGAGAUGAAGACUCGGGGAGCACUACUUUAAAACAUUGAAGCCCUGGACUUGUGCCUCAAUAAGGAAAAAUGGAAAUAAAAAAAAUAUAUAAAAGACUCAAUGGAGAAAAAAAAAGUUGUAAAGUUAAAGUAAAUGAGAGUUUUUAAAUGAUAAAGAAGAUACAUAUAGAGAAAAAAAUGAACACAAAAAAUGCAAUCAAUGAGUUUCAGGACAGGAUUUAUGCAUGAAGGUAUUUUUUCUGUUAUUUUUCUUUUUUUUUUCAUGAGUGAAAAUCUUUUGUCAUGUGCUGACUCAAUGGAUUUAUACAAAAAAAAAACACAAAUCUAACCUAAGCAGGAAAAAUACAUAAAAAAAACAGUAAAUCAGAUAAAAUAUCUCAAACAAAAAACAAAGGAAACUUUCAUAUGAUUUUUACAGGAUUAUACAGAAUUUGAUGUUGCUCACACCACAAACACUGCAGCCUUUUUUUGACGAUGCCGACACACAUCAUCAGCAUAUGUUGUCUUUGUUUCCGUGUGUGUGUGUAUGUGUGUAUAUGAGUGUUUUUGUUUGUUUGUUUUUGCAUGUAUGUGUCUGAAUCCUGUAUAUGUGUAUACUUGCAAAGCUGGCUGGUUAUUUCUGAAAAAGAAAGUGUGUUUAACUGAUUUAUAUGUUAUGUAUGGCAGUGGCGGCGAGGAUGAUGGUGCAUGAGGGUCUGAACCGGUGUGUGUUUGUGCAUCUGUCUGUCUGUCUGUGUUUGUUUGAGUGAGCAUAUACAGUAUAUACACACAAUUACACACACACACACAUCGACAGCCUCACACAUACACUGCUAUUUUUCUCUUCUUUUUCUCGACACUGACUGGGGUCAUACUGGUGGACCAUGCCAGCUGUAGGCAGUGUGUCUCGACACUUUCCAUGGCCUUAUUAUGCUGAAAGAACGAGAUUGAGAGAGAGAUACAUUGAUUGAUUGAUUGAUUGAUUGAUUGAUUGAUUGAUUGAUUGAUUGAUUACUUGAUUGAGAAGUCCACACAUAAAGAACAUUUUGAAAUGUGAAAACCAGGCAGUCCCCAAAUGGGUUGUAAUCAUCAGUGUGUUUAUUUGUAUGAGGAACUUAAAUACAGCAGAGAUAUACGGUGUGAUUUUGAGCCCAGAAGCUGUAUGUGUGUCUGUAAAUCCCAGUCACAUUUUCUUCUGCUUUAAAGGAAUAUCAAAUAUUGAGUGACCAAGUUGACAAGUUACUUUGUGAAAGUUGAGAGAGACCAUUUUAACAGUCAAAUAGGAACGUGUUAUUUUAAUGUGUGGCUGGUCUACUUACUUUAAAAAGGGAGAUUAGUUUUCUUUCUCUUUUUAGUUUAUUUUUGCUGAUUUUAUUUUCAUGUUUCAUUUUUUUUUCCAUCAAACAUUUUUUCUGCUCCUGUCAUCCUGAAAUGAGUAAUCAUUGCAGUUCACUAACUGACCAGCAGGUGGUGGUGUAACCCUAUUUUUGUUCUUUUUGCAGAGUUUCCAUAUUUAAAUGUUAAAAUGCCUGUUUGAUUUGAUCUGUUCAUUCGUAUGAAUGAUUGACCUUAAUGUUUUCAAACAUGCCCACAGUUACAUUUCUGUAGAAAGAUUUAGGACUGACUGACUUUUAGCACCUUGUUACCUGCUUGUAGCGUAAUUCUAACGCUGGGAUGAAGUUCAGACAUCUAAAGAAAUCAGAAAGCGGUUUAAGGGUUAUUAAUCAGUGCCAUUGGUAAAUCCUCUGUACACACCAAUACAAUGCCAAUAUCCACGGUUCUGGCUCAGAUGUAUUCAUGAAUACCCAUGCAAUAAAUCACAGCACAGUUAUCAAAAACAAA